CCAAUGUUGACUACUAGUCCACGACAGACAAUAUGCAAUGUAUCACCGUUUGACUCAACCAUGCUGUGCCCUAAGAAUGUGUGCAGAUGCAGAUAUGAACAUAGCACUUCCAGUCUGCUUGCACACGACCAUCUCCUAGAAUACAAUGAAGCCAUUCCAUGUUGAACCACUUACAGCACUGAUUUCCAACGUCCAAUAACUUUCGUUGCUCUCGAAUAAGCUUCGCAAUGGUUGUUGUUCCUACCGAAAGGGUCUCCCCGCCCACGGUUCCUCCAGAAGAAUACUGGCGAGAAUCCUUAGCAGGCUGCGAGCAUACACCAUACCCUUCGCUCCCCUCGUUCAUCGAAUGCCCACAAGCAACGCAGAUAGUGCAAUACAGACUUCCUAAUCUUGAGCGGCGCUCAAAGGGAAUCAACACAUCCACACUCAUUCAUGCAGCAUGGGCACUGAUUAUUGGUCGUAUGACUGAUUCGGAAGAUGUUGUCUUCGGCUCUAUAGCACCUGAAGCAGGUGAACCCAUUCCUUUCCGUAUCCGAUUGCAAGGCGGUGAGACUGUUGAACAAUACUUGAUGGCGAUACAACAGCAAACAGUUGAAGCGGUCUCCUUUGCAUCAAUAGGGCUAGCCAGGAUAGCCAAAUUAUCAUCUGACUGCAGGGAAGCCUGCUCAUUCCAAAGCGUACUAGAUGUCACUGCAAAAUCGGACCAUGGCGGCCAGCUACGGAAACUCGAAAAGUACGGUCUUGCUAUUCAGUUGGAAGUGAACGGUAGCCAAAUGGACGCAUCGGCCUCACUAGAUCCGAGAAUGAUUGAGCCGGAGCUUGUUUAUAAGCUUCUAUAUCGACUCGGAUAUUUCAUACAACAGCUCGACUCCGCGAAGUCUGAAGCGGAGUUAGCAGAUGUUGAGAUGAUUCCACCCCUAGAGUUGAGCUUAAUCCAGGAAUGGAACAGCGUUCUCCCGCCUGUCACCGAGGGGCGCAUUCACGACGUUAUCAAGCGUAACAUGUUAGCUAGACCAACUGCGCCAGCAGUAUGUGCUUGGGAUGGGGAAAUGAGUUAUCAGGAGUUGGAAGACCUGUCCACGAGUGUUGCGCAUCGUCUAAUUGACGCGGGACUCGGCCCUGAGAAGGUUGUACCACUAUGUUUUGAGAAAUCAAAAUGGACAGUUGUGGCGAUGCUGUCUGUUCUCAAAGCUGGCGGUGCAUUCAUUCUGCUUGACGCAAGCUUACCUGCGGCUCGCAUGCAGACUAUAUGCCAAAAAGUCAACGCAGAAAUGUGCAUAACAUCUAUUUCGUGCGAGUCUCAGUUGUCUCCCUUCGUGCGUCGAACUAUAGUACUUUGCGACAAGACAGCUGAAUAUUCGGCAUCAGAUAGCCAGGUAGAUCUUCUGCACACUGCAACCGUCGGCCCACGCAACGCUGCCUAUAUCAUCUUCACUUCCGGCAGUACAGGCGAACCGAAAGGGUGCGUAGUUGAGCAUCAGUCAUAUUGCUCGGCCGCCUCUGGGCACGGCAAGAUUCUUGGCAUGACCUCGGAUACACGCGCUUUGCAGUUCGGCUCUUAUAACUUUGCUGGAGCAAUUAUGGAGACACUAAUGACACUGAUGUACGGAGGCUGUGUGUGUAUCCCGUCUGACGAGGAUCGGACCACUGCCUUGGCCCAGGCUAUUUGCAAGUUGGGCGCCAAUUGGGCCUUUUUGACAUCGACGGUACUGGCUCUCAUCCACCCUGAGGACGUCCCAACUCUGCGGACAAUUUGUGUCGGGGGCGAGCCGAUUCGCAACUCUCAGAUCAAGCAAUGGGCGCCUAAGGUUCAACUGCGCCAGACCUAUGGCAGUGCGGAAACGGCUGCUGUUGUCGCUUCCGCGGGCUUGGCAACAUCAUCUACAGUCAGCAGUGUCGGGAAGCCGACUACUGCAAGGUGCUGGCUUACUCACCCGACAGAUGUCAAUCGCCUUGUACCUAUAGGCGCACCAGGAGAAGUAGUUUUCGAAGGGCCAACGAUUGGUCGUGAAUAUAUCGGUAAUCCGGAGAAAUCGGCGCAAGCCUUCAUCAGUGCCCCAGCAUGGCGCGCAGCCCUAGGGACACCAGCUGCGUCCGCGCGAUUCUAUCGAACAGGUGACAUAGCAGUGUAUAGAAGUGACGGGUCCCUCGAGCUUCAAGGGCGAAAAGACACCCAAGUCAAGAUCAGGGGGCAGCGUGUUGAGCUUGGCGAGAUCGAACACCAAGCACGGCUGGCCUCUUCAGAGUUAAAGGAAGUCGCAGUGGACAUUUCAGUCGUUGACGGUUCACGCCCAACACUGAUCUGCUUCCUGGUGACAACGUCUGACGUGGGUUCAGAAAUCAAAGACACUAUACAGACUGUUCGCACUCGACUUGAUAGCAUUCUUCCGCAUUAUAUGGUUCCCUCAUUGUUCUUGCCGCUUCCUGCGUUUCCACAUACAAUUUCUGGAAAGUUGGAUCGGAAACGGUUACGAGAGCUGGGCUCGACGAUGGCCACACAGGAACUCCAAAGAUCACGUGCCAUGGCUGGAAAACAACUGACGCAGCCAUCAACGGAGAUUGAAAGACAGUUACAGGAGAUAUGGUCAAAGGCGUUAAAGAUAGAAAAGAGUUCCAUUGGCGUUGAAACUAGCUUUUUUCAACUCGGCGGCGACUCUCUUACCGCCAUGAAAGUUGUAGCAGAGACUAGAAACUCCGGCAUGCGCUUGACAAUGGCAGAUAUAUUCCGGAGCGACACGAUUGCAGGCUUGGCUCGUGAGCAAUCACUGCGUGCCGAGUCUAUUCCAGCACAGCCUCAAGGUGAGGUUCUCGACGAGUCGUCUGCCAUAUCCGUUCUUGACCAGAUUGAUCUGAAAGAUACUGAUCUUCAACGAAAUGACGUCGAGGCUAUUUAUCCUCUCACAGGUGUGCAGGAUCUUCUUGUAACUACUACCAAAGCCACGGGGAUUUUGGCCGACUAUUUUGUGCUUGAUCUUGACCCCGAAUUGGAUAUCACCAAAUUGGAGAAUGGUUGCAAGAAAGCCUUCCAAAAUUUCCCCGUGUUGCGCGCGUGCUGGUUACGCCUUGAGGAGAAGUAUUGGCAGGUUGUCUUGCAUCAGGUUGAUCAGCCAUUCCGCGUCGUUGAAGCCUCAGGAAACAUUGCGGAGUUCUGCCAGAGCUUCUGUCUUGCGAAUAUGCAGAGUCUUUUGCCUACUCAACCCACUGCAGCAUGGUUCCUCCUUAAACAUGAGACUGAAGGCAUGAAGCUGAUUCUUCGCAUGUCCCACGCUCAAUAUGAUGCCUUUAGCAUGCCACUAAUCUUUGAAUCGGUCUUCGAUGCUUACAAUGGACGGAAAUCUCCAAGUCAGCCAAAUUUCCCGACUUACCUGUCUCGUAUCUCGCGUUUACGUUCUCAAUCCAUCGAAUACUGGAGUCAGGCGCUGAAAGGCUCUCGACUAACUCGAAUCGUGCCCCAUAUAGCUCCAUCUCUUGGGACUGUCGAGUCUACACCCAGUUUCGUUGCCAGUCAGGCCGAGGCUCAUGUACCAUCACGUCCCAAGAAGAUUACCCCAGCAACGCUUGUGCGGGCUGCCUGGGCUAUUCUUUUAUCGGCGGUGACUAGUCUUAAGGACAUUACAUUCGGCCAAGUUAUUGCUGGCCGUAACGCUGAUAUUCCGCAGAUUGAGAAGAUUGUGGGAUGCUGUCUCAAUAUCGUACCUGAACGGGUCAACUUGUCAUCAUUCACCACGGUCACUGACUUGCUAAGCGGCAAUCAAGAAGAGUUGCUGAAGAUGGGUGAUGCAGAUUCACUGGAUUCUAGAGAUAUUCUCAAGUGCUGUACGGAUUGGCCAUCUGAAGCGGCCUUUGAUUCUAUCCUUCAUCACCGAGACGUAGAUGCUGAGCCUGAGGUCCAAACCCCGAAGGGUGCUUCACAUAUCAAGACCCUGGCCAUCCCACUCGUACCGCCGUUUCUGUUCAUCGUCUCUGUAUCGAAAGGCACCACAAUGGGCCUUGAGGUUAUUGGCAAUACUCAUCUGUUGACACAAGAAACAGCGCAAACCCUUGUUGAUAAGCUUGCGUACAUCACCGAAAAACUAAGCGCUCACCCGGACAUGACGAUAGCGUCAUUGAUAGAUGAAGUGGGGUCAGUUGUAUGAUUUAUUAUUACCUAAUGUAUAUCACAUGGAGUUUUAGUCAGAUAGUUUUCCAUAAUGAAGGUUCAUCAAAAACAAAC